UCUCACAUACAAAGUGCUCCGAAAGAAAAUGCGCGUGAGAGUGGGCGACCACACAACGAUAACGAUACGAACCAAUCCCCCGUCACGACUUGCUAGCAUUGUCUAUAUCAACACUCCAACCGUACAACAUGCAUAGUCUCGUCCUUCUUUCUCAUUUUUGGCUGUUUCGUCGUGCGCUUCUCAAGACCACCGCACGGCGUUGUCACUUCUUUCCCAUUUCCAUUUCGAGCAUGAGGCAGCUGGUCUGGAGUUCAGGAUUGAGAUGUCUUGUUUGGAUGUUCUACACUUUUUCAGAUACGAGCAGCCGUUCUCAGCACUGGUACUUGACGGUUCGGCAACUUUAAUGGCAGAAAUCGAACCGGGUGAUUGGGGAUUUCC